AUGGCGCUUGAGAGCACGGCCAAGGUGGUGCUGGGAUGCGUGGCCUUCUCCAUCUUCUGGGUGCUGGCCGUCUUCCCGUCCGUGCCCUUCAUGCCGGUGGGCCGGACGGCGGGGUCUCUGCUGGGGGCCAUGCUCAUGGUGCUCUUCCGCGUCAUGACCCCCGAGCAGGCCUACGCCGCCAUCGACCUCCCCAUCCUCGGCCUCCUCUUCGGCACCAUGGUCGUCAGCAUCUUCCUGGAGCGCGCCGACAUGUUCCAGUACCUCGGCAGCAUGCUCUCCUGGAAGAGCCGCGGCAGCAAGGACCUCCUCUUCCGCGUCUGCCUCGUCUCCGCCGUCGCCAGCGCGCUCUUCACCAACGACACCACCUGCGUCGUGCUCACCGAGUUCAUCCUCAAGGUGGCCAGGCAGAACAACCUGCCCCCGCAGCCCUUCCUCCUGGCCCUCGCCUCCAGCUCCAACAUCGGCUCCUCCGCCACGCCCAUCGGCAACCCGCAGAACCUCGUCAUCGCCGUCACCAGCGGCAUCUCCUUCGGCUCCUUCCUCUUCGGCAUCUUCCCGGCCAUGAUCGUUGGAGUCAUCACCAACACCUGCAUCCUCCUCUGUUACUUCUGGAAGCACCUCUCCGUCGACAAGGAGCGGGACCAAGAGUCGGCUGGGGGCCAGGACGUCGUUGUGGCCGACGACGAGGUCACCUCGCACCGGUUCACGCCCGCGAGGAUGUCGCGCGCCAACUCGGUAAACGGCGACGCCGACUACAUGAACGAGCCGAUCCGCAGGAGCGACAGCAUGAGCAGGAGCAAGAGCUACAACUCCGAGGGCGACCGCGACAUCCAGGUCGCCAUCAGGUCGGUGCGCGCGUCCAGCAUGUCGCAGGAGAUGGUGGAGGUGUCCACAGUGUGCGACCGGCGCGACGAUGGCCCCCGGAAGGUGACCAGGACGACCAGCCGCCAGCGCAGCGUGAUCAUCGAGGACGCGCCCGAGCAUAUCUUCGACGGCGACGAGAAGGAGAAGCCGCACGACGAGGAGGUGGUGAAGCAGAAGAAGUGGAAGGUGCUCGCGUGGAAGACCGCCGUGUACCUCACGACGCUCGGGAUGCUCGUCUCGCUCCUCAUGGGGCUCAACAUGUCCUGGACCGCCAUCACCGCCGCCCUCGUCCUCCUGGCGCUCGAUUUCACCGACGCACAAGCAUGCCUAGAGAAGGUAUCGUACUCGCUGUUGAUCUUCUUCUGCGGGAUGUUCAUAACGGUGGAUGGCUUCAACAGAACUGGCAUACCCAACGCGCUCUGGGAGCUGGUGGAGCCGCACGCGAGGAUCGACAGCGCCAAAGGAAUCGCGCUUCUUGCCGUUGUGAUUCUAGUUCUUUCAAAUGUUGCCUCAAAUGUUCCAACCGUGCUGCUGCUGGGCACAAGAGUGGCAGCAUCCGCUGGUGCGAUCUCACCUGCUUCGGAGAAGAAAGCCUGGCUCAUACUAGCUUGGGUCAGCACGGUGGCGGGCAAUCUCACCCUUCUGGGCUCAGCUGCGAACCUGAUCGUGUGUGAGCAGGCGCGGCGGGCGCAGUUCCAUGGCUACAACCUCACCUUCUGGAGCCACCUUCGUUUCGGCGUGCCGUCGACCAUCAUCGUCACCGCUAUUGGCCUCAUUAUCGUCGUUAGCUACUGA